CCGUCUGCGCAGCGCGAGCGCGUCAGGGACUCGUUCGAGACAAAACCCUGCGCGGUUCGGGACGUCGUCGCUCGCGAGCACGUGGACGCCGGAGUGCGGAAAUGCUGAGAUGCUCACAUAAGCCGUAUUGAUCUAAUCACGCAUAGGUGGUCCGGAUGUCUCGUUCAGAUGUGCUGUCUCUCUACAGGACAGUCCUGCGUCUCGCACGCAGCUGGACAGCACGAUCUGCUCUUCCACACGACACUGACGCCGAGAGGAAAUAUAUCGCUCAGGAGGCUCGAACCCUCUUCAGACAGAACCAGCAGAUAACAGACCCAGAGUCCAUCAAGAGAUGCAUUGAAGAGUGUGAAGCUCGGAUAGAGAUAGGGCUGCAUUAUAGGAACCCCUAUCCUAGACCAGAAACAAAGAAAACACGCAGUUUGCAAGAAACAAGCUUCCAUAGAUGUUCCACGAAGGCUUUGUGGUGUGUUCUUUUGAGUUUGGAGUGAAAACAUGCUUGUUUCCUGACGUUCCUGUGAGAAUGUUUGCUAUAUCUUCUCUCUCAGACGUAUCUUCCUCCGAUGGGUCUGGCCACUCAGAAAGGCAGAAAGCUGCGAGCUCAGCAGAAACUGAGGAAACAAGCCAAGCCAGUGUACCUGCAGUCUCACGACGAGACCUGACACACACACACACACACACUGUACAGACACCACUAUACUGAGCAUUCAGAAGAACCCCCGAACAUUACAAAUUCUUGUCUGUUCCUGUUAUUUCUAGCUAGAAGGAUAACAUCAUGAAACAAAUCAUAGUGGAGUUAUUCUUCAAAGCAUGAUGAAUGUUAUAUUAGGGAUAGUUCUAUCACUGUUUACUCGCCGCCAUGUUUUUCCAGACCUGUAUGGGUUUCUUUCCUGUUAUAUUGAGCAAUGUGGGUAACCUAAGAGCUGCUGGUGCCCGUUGACUUCAUCAGUGGUGGUUAUUUUCAUAAAAAUAUCAUCUUCUGCAGAUGAAAGGUUUGGAACAACAUGAGGGCGAAUAAAUCUCGAACCAUCCCUUUAAUGUGAGCUGUUUUGUUUGCCGCUACGGUUUAUUUAUUAUAUUUGUCAUAUAUUGCAUGGCAUAAAAGCCUCAGUUAAUGUUGCAUUCAAAGUAUCUAUCUGCAUUAAAGUGUAUUAUUUCUCAUGUCAUUCUUUUCACGUGUUGAACUGACACCUUUGCACAUUUAAGUGGCAUCGAAGUCAUGUUAACAUGCAUCCUUGUUUUAUUCAAUUAAAUUGUAGUAAACGUAA